UGGGAAGAGGAUAAUCUGAUAGAAGCUGGACAGUGCCAGAGCUUCCAAAAUGUAUUGCUGCUCUUCACAUUCUUUCUCAAUUCCUUCUUCUUCUUCUCGGCAGUGCCUUCCUCUGUCUUCGGCUUACAACCCUUCGCGAAGACUCGCUCUCUUUCACCUCACAACCGCUAUCCCUCAGCCAGCUCUAUUUGGUGGAAAAGAUUCCAUACUACUAACAUUGGAUGGAAAUGCCAUGGAGACGAGCACAGUGGCAAAUAUUGUCCAACCAACUACUGUUGUCAAUGAGCAGAAUGCAUUAGAGUGGGUGAAAAAUGACAAGAGAAGAAUGCUUCAUGCCGUUUACCGUGUUGGAGAUUUGGAUAAGACAAUAAAAUUCUAUACUGAGUGUUUGGGCAUGAAGCUUUUGAGGAAACGUGACAUACUGGAGGAGAAAUAUUCAAAUGCUUUUAUGGGAUAUGGUCCUGAAGAUUCCCAUUUUGCUGUCGAACUUACUUACAAUUAUGGAGUGGACAAGUAUGACAUUGGAACUGGGUUUGGACAUUUUGGCGUUGCAGUUGAAGAUGUAAUGAAAACUGUGGAUUUUAUAAAAGCUAAGGGGGGAAAAGUUACCAGGGACCCUGGUCCUGUCAAAGGUGGUAAUACCAUUAUUGCCUUCAUUGAAGAUCCAGAUGGUUAUACAUUUGAGCUUUUGGAGAGGGGGCCUACGCCUGAGCCCCUUUGUCAAGUGAUGCUGAGAGUGGGAGACCUUGACCGCUCAAUUACUUUCUAUAAGAAGGCCUUUGGCAUGGAGCUCCUCAGAAGAAAAGAUGACCCUGAAAACAAGUAUUCAACAGCCAUUAUGGGUUAUGGCCCUGAAGAUAAAAAUGUUGUGCUGGAACUGACCUCCAAUUAUGGUGUCAAAGAAUAUGACAAGGGAAAUGGCUAUGCACAGAUUGCCAUAGGCACCAACGAUGUCUACAAGACCGCUGAGGCUGUAAAACUGUGUGGAGGGAUAAUUACGCUCGAACCGGGGCCUUUGCCGGUUAUCAACACCAAGAUCACAGCCUGCUUGGACCCUGAUGGUUGGAAACUGGUAUUUGUUGAUAACAUUGAUUUUCUCAAGGAGUUGGACCAGUUGGUGUAGCAAAAAGAAUCGCCAUGCAAGAUGUUUAUGAACAAUUUUAAGUCUUCUUUUUCUCGGAUCAUUUGUAACAUACUGUUGUCAUUUCCUAUUGACAACACUCAUUUUAAUAAAUAAAAUAGUCUUGUUUUAUGUAAAAA